AUGCUACUCAAAGGGCCACCUGGCAUUGGCAAGACUCUCACAGCAGAGAGUAUUGCCGAGGUGAUGAAGGUCCCUCUUUACAGCUCUUCAGAAGUUGAGUAUAAUUUGAGUGGUAUUAUGGGCCUAGUUCCCAGAUGGGGAGCAGUUCUUCUGAUUGAUGAGGCCGACGUUUUUAUGGAGACCCGUGACAAUAUUGAUCUCAAGAGAAAUGAACUAGUCUCGAUCUUCUUACGACUAUUGGAAUACUACGAGGUGACUUAUUCUAAUAUCCAUCUUAGUGCAAAGUACUGGCCCAUUUAG